AUGGGGUCUGGCGCCUCUACAGCCGAGACUGCCCACUCACGGCUGUACCAAGAGGGCUACCGGUCCUUGCAGGAGGGUCGCUACACGUACGCCGAGAUUUACUACGAUCAGGCCAUUGAGAAGCACGAGGGUCAUUACUUUUGGACCCGCCUGGAUGAGCUUAUUGAUUGGGAGCAGCGGCGGCAAAACAAGUUGGAGCCGAAUAAGUCGGAGGUGAAGAAGAAGGGACAAGCCCAGGAGGAGGCAGCGGAGGAGGGGGCGUACCCAGAUGUGACGAAGGACACGAUGAAGGACGGGAGUGAGCUUGACGUGGAGAUGGCCGAUUCGGGGGGUGCGGACGCGGCUGGAGGGAUUGAAAUUCCCCUAGACAGCCGGCUUGAGGUUAUUUUGGAGUACCUGCAGCUGCGCGCCGACGUCGCGGACUCGUAUAUGGCGGCCACCCGCUACGAGGAGGCAACACCGCACCUGGACUUUAUCACCUCCCAUACCCGCAUCUUUGUGCAGUUUCUUCGGCUUGCCCGCGAGUCAGCAUCGGAGGCGAGGGAUGAGGAGAACGGCGCGAGCAACCCGCUUGAGAUGGGCGGCGGGGCUGCGGGUGGGGCUGCAGGAAACGUUCGAUCACGCCUAGGCGCGUUGAUGGGAAACGACCUCGAGCGGGAGUCUGUGCUUGACUGCCUCGAGCAGCACCUGCGCCUUCACUGGGUCUCGGCCAUGGCAAACGGUGUAUUCGUCUCCUCCGAACGGUUUAAGGAAGGGCGGGGCGAGAAGAAGCGCAAGAAGGACCUCGACGUGGCCGUGGUGGCGUGCUCAAAGGUUUACCAGGAGUUGUACAAAGUUGCCCUGCGACGGGCAAAGAGCCUGACAAACACCGUUGUGUUGAACUUUCUUGAGGCGGUCAUGGAAGACUUGGAUGCCGAAUCCUCCACGACGUCCAUUACAAACGAGGGCCCCCCGGCUGCGAAAAACAAGCCACGGGUUAACAACUUCUUCGACGACGCGGAGACGAAGUCCUUGUGCAAUAAGGCAAACGGCGCCCUCGACAUGGUGCUGGAGGAUGGCGAGGAGUGCCCGAUAAAGGUGUACCUGCAGAUGAUCCACGACCGCCGCUCACUUUGCCGUGUCGUGCCCGCCCCACAGCAGGCCGCCGCGCUGCGGUACAUCAGCUGGAUCGAUGAGGAUAUUCAUCGCGUUGUGCCUGGCACGAACUACCACCUCGAGAUUCAGUGCGGCAUGGUGGACGAGAAGCAGAAGAAGCAGCUGCAGAAGCGUUCGAUGAAGUUUGUCGCCCAGAGGCACUGUAACUACAACGACCGCGUCCUGCUGGGGAAGAGCUUCGACGAGGAGAACGCGCUGCUUCUCUUCCCCGUCUUCCUCAUUCGAGCGGACGUGCAGUUUCAGCUCGGCGCCGCCACCAAGGGCAUCAAGGACCUCGAACUUGUCGAGAAACUCUCCACCCAGCUCUACGGCAUGGAUUCGCUGGAGCGGCAGAGCAUUAUGCGCUCCGUGAUGGAGUCCCGCAAGCGGGGCGGAUCGCUCUUCAUGAUGUUUGAGGACUAA